AACGAUUUUCCUUCAGUAGGCCCCACACCCCGCACUGCAUAAAUUCAAAUUAGUCGAUCAGUGAAUUUCGAGUACGAUAUGAGUGGGUAAAUAGCUAUUCAAUUCUUUUUUUUUUUUUUUUUCAAAACAAUAAUGGAGGCAAUUUUAAAGUAGAGGUCAAAUAUAAUAUAAGCAAGUUGUAAUAACAUGAAUCCUAUUAAAGCCAAAGCAGCCGCUAAAAGACAAAUUCCUUUAAUUAUUUUAAUCUCAUAUAUCAUUUUCAUGUUCCCUUUUAAAAUAAUCUUUAUUUUUUUGGCUUUAUAAAAGCAAAUGCAAAAGCCACAAAUGUAUUACAAAAAAGUUUGCAACAUAAAAAAAAUAAAUUAAUAUGGAUAUUUUUUCAUAUACUAUUUCUUCAUCUUCUUCUGAUUCUUCUUCUACAUAUAUACAAGAAGUGAAGAAAAAUAAAAAAAUAUUACCUUCAUAUUAUUCUUCACUUCAUGGAGUUAGAAAAAUCCCAACAAAACCUAUGACUAAACAACCAAUUGCACCAUUGCCACCUACACCUCCUAAAAUCUAUAGAGUCGAACCGAUUAAUUUUAAGGAAGUUGUCCAAAUGCUGACAGCAGCUCCUGAGUUUCAAUCCGUCUCUGAUGAUUCUAUCUCCAGUUCUGUUUCUGGUUCUAGUUCUGGUGUCCAAAUGUUGACCGCAGCUCCUGAGUUGCAAUCUGUCUCUAAUAAUUCUGUCUCUAGUUCUGAUUCUGCCUUUGGCUCUGGUUCUGGUUCUUUUAAUUCAAGGCGUUUACAAAAUGUGGCUCCUCCACCACUUGAUCUCUCACCAGUUUCAUUACAAAGAAAUAAUCGCAAUAAUAAUAACAACAAUAUUAGCGCGGUCUACAAUGACUCGAUAAAUGAAGAACAAGAAAGAUCACAUGUAGCGCCACGAAUCCCAUCAGAGAAUUAUUUUGGAUCGUGUAGUCCAUUGGCUAAUUUCCCUCUAUCGCCCGCUUCUUUUGCAUGGUGUUCUUCUAUUCUUUUCAGCCCUGGCACUCUUACUUCACCGAGCACGGUUCUCUAGCUCCCUUUGCCAUUUGCCUCAACAUCCACUAGCGGAAACAGGAUUUUCAUCAAACACCUACUAUAUAUACAUAAAAAUAAAAAAAAAUUAUGGCUCCGCGGACUCAACUCAUUUGACAGUUUGUAACUUAUAUAAUGGUAUUACAAUUUACUUCAAGAGUUUGAAUUGGAACUUACAAAUUAAAAUAGCACAAUUCAAACA